AGGCCUGCUCGGCGCCGGCCACCUCGGCGGCGCUGGCCGCCGUGGCGGCCCCGACGCCCGCGACCCCUGCGUGACGGAGGAGGAGGCGGGCGGCGUGGCGCCGCACACCGGCUGCGGCGGCUUCUUCUCGCAGGGCGGCCCCACCUCGGACGGCGGGGGCGCGAGCCUCCGCAGCUUGUGGGCGCCCCCGGCGGCCCAGGAGGCGCCGCCCGUGCUGGAGGACAACCAGAGCAACGGGGCCUCCCAGGAGGAGACGGUCAGCCCGAGCCACCCGAUGGACCCGCGCUACCUGGACCGCUCCAGCUCGGGCGUCAGCAAGGUCAGCAAGAACAGCAAGGCUUCCGCCAAGAGCGCGCUGACGCUGCCAUCCGUGCACGAGCAGUCCCAGUCCCCGGCCAAGAGCAGCAGGCCAAGCACGUCGCCGGCGCCGAGCGACGUCGACCACGACCCCGCGGCGCAGGGGCAUCUCAAGCGCGCGCACUCCAAGAGAUCGACGGUCCGGUCCGAGAGCAAGCGCCCGACCGUCCUCAGCUGGGUCAACGACACCAGCAGGGACCAGUCGCGCUGGGCCAACUUCAAGUACUUUGCGCUGCUCAGGAAGCUCCCGGGCACGGAGCAGCUCAUCUCGUGCUUGCAGCGGACGUCGGCCCUGAAGGAGCCAGCGAGAACAGGGCUAAUUCACAGUUUUGUCAGGAGCGUGCAGUUCAGUUUUGUGUGCCAGAGCGUCAUUCUUCUCAACACGUUCUACGUCCUGGUCGACACGAACUACCAGAUAGCGAACCUUGACAAGGACGCGUUGCCGAUUUCGUUCCCUGUGGACCUGUUCUUUGGCAUUUUCUACACUGGAGAGCUGACCCUGAGGAUUUACACCCACCGCUACUUUUUUUUCAUUGGGGACGAGGCGUCUUGGAACUGGUUCGACAGCUUCUUGGUGUUCGUUACGAUGCUGGACCUGCUCGGAAGCAUGGGGGGCAACGUGGGGUACACCCGCGUCUUCCGUGUGCUGAAGGUAAUCAAGGUCCUUAGGGUCGUGCGCGUCCUCCAGUUCUUCACCGACCUGCGCAUGAUGAUCAACUGCGUCCUGGCAUCGAUAGUUUCCCUAUUCUGGUGCAUAGUGAUGAUCGUAUUUGUCAUGUUUAUCUUCGCGGUCUUCUUUACGCAGGAGGCGACCAGGUACAUGAAGGAGGAUGGUCCGCCGACGGUCGUGCUGGCAGACUACCCGCUAAUCCGGCUAUUUUUCGGCAACGUGCAGACGACUAUCUUGACCCUGUUUAUGUCUGUGACUGGCGGGGAGGACUGGAAGAGAGUUUACGACGUGUUGCAGCCCGUAGGGGACGUGACGUGUGCAUUUUACUUGGUGUUCAUAUUUGUGUUCCUCUUCUCAAUCCUGAACAUCAUCAUGAGCAUCUUCGUGGAGAAGGGUGUCAAAAUGGCCGCGCCAGACACGAACAACCAGAUCCUCGAGACGAGGCGGAAGCAAGCCGCCGACUCUAAAGAGUUGAUGUCGUUGUUCAACAAGGCGGACGCGGAUGGCUCCCAGACUAUAAGCCAGCAAGAGUUCGAGAUGUGCAUCGCGAAGGCAGAGUUCAAAGACUUUCUCGCGACGCGCGGCAUCGACAUCAAGGAGGCCAGGACUUUCUUCAACAUGGUUGCCGACACCAUUGGAGACAGGGAGCUGGACGUAGGCCACGUCGUACGGUGCUGCCUCGGCAUCAAGGGGUUCGCGACCAGCGUAGACUUGCACAUCCUUCGCUACGAGGUAAGGGAAGCGAUGCGCAUGAUUGAAGAAUUGCAUGACGUCAUCCUCACAGACUCGUCAUCACUCGGCAGCCCCAGAAGCGGGUCGGACAAGUGCGAUGUAUGAGCCUUUUGUUUGCCCGCAUUCUCUUGUGGUUCCCCCCUGACUCCUGAUGAUGAUCUCUCGUAUCCGCGCCUUCCUCAUUUAAGUUCUCCGUAUCCGUCUCCUGUUUUUCGUCUGUACUCGCACUGUUUCCCUGUCAUUGGUGGUUGAUUGCCCGUGCAUUGCUCUUCACACCGCUGCUGUGAAGCCUCACUGCGCUGUUGUGGUUCAGCUGCCCGCGGACGGCGCCAGCCCAGCACAUCCCAGCACCGCGGGUGGCGACUGUCCGAGGGGGCUGCGCAGGGGCUCGUGACGUGCGCCACCUCGUAUCUUUCGCGUCGUGGCCAGGGCUCUCUUCUCGUCCUCAUCCACUGCCUCCUUCGUGGCCCUGGGAGCACAUCUCGCUCUUGCCAUUCGCGCGCCCCACGAAAAGGGAGGGGCGGAUGCCCUGCGGAAUGCGCGAGGCCGCUCGCAGCACGCAUCGACGCAUGCAACCUCACAGGUCGUCAGUUUUCCACCAUCAUCUUCAUCAUCGACCCUCUUUGUUGAACACGAGCCAGGGCCCGCACGGGGCCCGCCGAAGUCACCCGUUUCGCGCAUUCUGCUGGCGCAGAAUGAAUGCAUCACCUCCGCCGUCUGCCUGUGUGCUCGUGGCGAUGGAGCAGAACAGACGCCGGGUUGCUUAAGGGCAGCACUCAACGAAGCACGCCCCCACUCAAGCUUCGGCAUCGAAGGCCGACAGCACGAGAAGGCAGUAGCCAGAAACACGAGAGAGCAGUUUACUCAUGCUAUGCUGAGCCGCUUCGUACGGUGUCGGCCAUCUUGGCGGAGACCUGAGAGGCUCUCCGCGGUCUCUGUGCGCUUCUAUGCUUUCCCCCACCAUCCUGUGGUGUUGGGUCCUUGUUUCGAUGAAGCAGCUUCCCGCGUUUCUCCUCCUCCUUCUCCUCCUCCUCCU